GAAAAAAAUAUAUCUGUACAAUUACCUCACUUUCAGAUAUAGAUAUGUGAUUUUUUUUCUGAGACAAUCCACAAGAAUGCGGUCAUCCGAUGUUCAGUACUUUAGUACUUAGAUUCAAUUAAAUUAAAAAGACGUUUAUCUAAAUUAUCUAAAUGGAUCACUGGCAAAACACAAAACAACAAGUAGAAUACAAGGACAUUGUAUUUUAAAGAAUCAAAAGAUCCAGCCACGCAUGAAUUCACAUAAAGUGCACGUUAAGGUUCAAAGUAUCAAAUUGCUUAUACAGUGUUAACAAAAAAUAAAUGGACAUUUUAAAAAAAACAGGAUGUUGAAAUCCAAGUCUGUCUAGUACGUAGAUACAUUUUACUGAUUGAAAACAUGUACGUGAUGUAGUGUGUGGACACAUUAAAGAUAAAUAUUCAAGCAUAAUAGACAAUAGAAAAAAUUAAAAAGAAAUGGAAAUAGUUAAAAAAAGAUUACCUCGACACAGUCACUCCUAUACAUGUAGUAGGUAAAGGUCAAAGUAAACAGCAGCACCUGUAACGUGUCACAGUUAAAACUUACAUAAGUAUGCCAGACUAGAAUAACAUGUUCUUGUGUUGAAUAACAGAAGAGCAUCUUUAGCCAGGGUUUUUAUUGGUUUCUGCGUAUACACCAUGAGGGCUUUGACGAUAAAUUAUUGCACGCGAAAAAAGCAAGUGCUUCUUUUGCUUUGUUGCUUAGUUAUUUUAUACGGAUUCAAGUUGCAUGUAGAAGACGAUGUUCAGUUUAAUUUCAUUAAUAUAAAUACAAACGAGAAAUGUGAAAUUCCAAAAGUAAAUCCUUUCGAUGAAUCGAUAUUGCCGUUCUUUUGGAAACCAAAUCCUAUUGUUUGUGCCGAAAACACUGAAUUGGUUUAUAUCGAUGACGAUGAGAUGAUACAUAUAAACAAAAAUCGAACAAAAGGAAAACAUAUUGAAUGUUAUUAUCAAAGUGUUAUUCGAAAACAACAAAGCGAUGACGAAGUUUUGUUUGGUACUUCAGUAUGGUUCAAUGAGUCACAGAGUGCUAUGAUGGAAUCUGAUUUUGCAAAGGUAGUAUGUGUCUUUGAAGGAAAAAAUAUCUAUGAACGAUUACAUUACCAUAUAAAGAAAAAACAAAAAUAUUUUAAGUCGGAUAAUGAUAGCUUUAGUGUUCUGAUAUUUGGAGUAGACAGUAUGUCAAGACUUGCUGCUAUUCGUGAACUUCCAAAAACACUAACAUAUCUUGAAAAAACACUUGGCGCUUAUGUUUUUAAUGGUUAUACAAAAGUAGGCGGUAAUUCAUAUCCUAACCUUAUGGCAUUUUUAACAGGAAAUUAUAGUGUACCAUUCAACAGGAAAAAGUUUUUUGACAAUCAACCAUUUGUUUGGAAGAAAUUUUCAGAAAGAGGCGCAGCAACGAUGUAUUCUGAGGAUUAUCCUAGACUUUCAACGUUUAAUUAUGUAACUCGUGGAUUUAAUGAACCUCCAGGAGAACAUUACCUCCGGCCAUUUUAUCUUGCAAUAAAUUCCGAGCGAAAAUACCAGGCAAAAAUCACUAAGAUAUUUAUGACUUUAGAAAAUAAUGAUAUUGCUCUAGGAGGUACAUCCGCUCUUUGUUAUGGCGAUAGUCCGAAGCAUGUCCUUCAAAUAGAUUAUUUUAAACGUUUUUUGAAUAAGUACAAGAACAACAGGAAGUUUGCGAUGUCCUGGUUGAACGAGAUAGGACACGAUUUUACGAACUUUCUGAAGUUAGGAGAUGCUGAUUUUUAUAAUUUUCUUGUCUUUUUGAAAGAAGGUGGCCACUUGAAAAGGUCUGUUUUGUUUUUUAUGAGUGACCAUGGGACAAUGAUUGAUAAGAUAAGGAAUACACCGAUUGGUCGUAUAGAAGCAAAACUUCCUUUCUUUUCUAUAGUUCUGCCUACAAUUUUGAAGACAAAAUAUCCUCAUAUAGAUCACAAUUUGCAAAAUAAUAUCAAUCGUCUGACGUCACCAUUAGAUCUCCAUAAAACCUUAAUUGAUAUAGCGACCAAUAGUUACAACCCUCAACAAAAGGGUAAAGAAGCAAUUAAAUAUUCUGGAAUUAGUCUAUUUAAUGAAAUUCCAAAAGACAGGACUUGUACCGAUGCACUUAUUCCCGAAUCAAGCUGUGCAUGCUAUUCAUCGGAAGCUAUUCCUACAAAUAAUGCCGUUAUUAAAAAUAUUACUAUGUUCGUCGUAGGAACCAUUAACACUUAUUUAAAAUAUCAUCGAUCAAAGUGUGCUUUUAUUAUCUUGAAAAAGAUUCAUGAUGCCAAAUUAGUUCAUUCUAAUCUGAAACACUUAGAACCAGGGAAGAAGAAAGUUCUUUGGCAAUAUUUGUACAAACCCACGUUAGACAAGAAGAAACGUUAUUUUAUUAUAUUUGAAGUGAUGCCAAGCGAGGGAAUAUUUGAAGUCACUACAGAGAUCACUCAAACAAACAACUUUAUUAUCUUAGAUAAAAUAAUCCGAGCAAAUAGAUACGGGAAUCAGUCUGCUUGUAUUGAUGAUAGGGAUUUAAAACCAUAUUGCUAUUGUAAAUAAACAACGCAGAGGUACAGUCGUAACGUUUAUACACAAAAAUAACAGAGCGUCUGAAACGAAAUUACAAGCAUAAUCAAGCACAAAACAAAAGCAUGACUUGAAAUUUAAGUUAGAACUCCAAAAGAUUGAGAGAGAGAGAGAGAAAAAUAACCAGACAACGUUGCUUGAGAUUUGAGUUAGAACUCUAAAAAGACUGAAGAGAGAAAUAAGGAUCAUACUUUGUCAUUUGAGAUCAUAAUUAGAACUCCAAUUGACUGAAGAAGAAAAACGAAAAACCGACACCGUCACCUGAGAUCAAAGUAAGAAACUUCAAAAGACUAAAAAAGAAAAAUAACAACCAGACACCGUCAGAUUAGAUAAGAGUUGGAAUUCUAAAAGACUAAUGCAGAAAAUUACAAGUAGACAUCGUCACUAUUAAACUCGAAAAGAAUAUGGGGAAAAACCAUACACCGACGAUCAAAAGAUCUUUACAAUGAUAACAAUAUCAUUGCAAUAAAAAAUAACGCCGGUAGGUUCUAAUAGAAGGGUCGACUGAGAUUAAGGGAAAGGACUUGUUGAAAUGCCAAGUUAUUUAGAAGAAAAUUUAAUUAAAAGAGUAAGGUACGGACCUCCAAAGUCAAAAAUAUUAUGACAAAUAAAGGCAACAGUAGUAUACCGUUGUUCGAAAUUCAUAAAUCGAUUGAGAAAAAAACAAACGAAUCCAUGUAACAUACUAAAUCUGAGAGAACACAUUAAAUAUAAGAGGAGACCUACGACACAGAGGAAACCCAACACUUAAGUCUAACACACACAGAAACGAACAAAAAUCUAACAAUUGCCAUUUUCCUGGACAUUUUAAGAAAAAAAUGGUGUGUUGAACCUGGUUUUGUGGCUAGCAAGACCUCCCGCUUUUAUUGGAGUGUUAAAUAUAACAUCAAAAUGACAACAUUACAUGACAAGACUACAAUACAAAUAAAUAAACAGGACUGCAAUACAAAAAACGUUUUCACACAAAACGCAAAGGUACUAGGGAAUAGAACAAUUUGUUAAACCUUAUUCCUAGUUUCCAAAACCAGUUAAUUGUUUUGUUGUCUAUUAAUUUCAAUCAUUUUUUCGUUUUUCUGUAUUAUAAGAACACAAAUGUACUGUAAAAGAGGGGCGAAAGAUACAAGAGUUUCAUUCAAACUCAUAAAACAAAAAUAAACUGACAACGUUCCUGGAUACUCAGAAAGUGUUUCAUAGUGAUACUUUACUGGAGCUUGGAUUUGGAAGUAUAAGUAUAACAGGCAUUACCUGAAGACCAAAACAAAAAAUACGUAUUUAGAAUUGAGAAUGGAAAUGGGGAAUAUGUCAAAGAGACAAUAACCCGACCAAAGAGCAGAUAACAGCCGCAGUCCACCAAUGGGUCUUCAACACAGCGAGAACAUCCCGCACUCGAAGGCGGGCUUCAGCUGGUCCAUAAAAAACAAGUGUACUAGUGAAAAUGGACGUCAUACUAAACUCCAAAA